CACUCGCUCAUCGCCUGCACCACCAGCCCUUGCAGCAGGGCACAAACAGCACCCACCAUGGCGUCCACCGGCAACCUGGAGAACCAGGAUGUCACCAACAAGUCGACGCAGACCUUCAUCACCGCCCUCGUGACGGGCUUGAUCAUCGCAGGAGCCGAGCUCCUCGCCUUCGUCAUCCUCAAGAACCGCUUCCGCCAGAUCUACAACCCGCGGUCGUACCGUGUCCCUCCCAGGCAGCGUGUCGACCCUCUUCCGCGCUCGUUCCUGGGAUGGAUACCGCACGUCAUCCGCACACCGGCCAAGGAGAUCAUGCACAAGAACGGCCUCGACGCCUACGUCUUUGUCCGCUUCCUCUUCCUCAUGAUGGAGAUCUUCCUUCCCUUCAUGGCCGUCACCUGGAUCAUCCUCCUCCCGGUCGACGCCGCCGGGUCCAAGGGCACGCAGACGGGCAUCACGCGCUUCACGUUCGGCAACGUCGGCCUGUCGGAGCAGCCCCGUUACGCCGCGCACCUCAUCCUCACCUGGCUCCUCACCUUCUGGGUCUUCUACCUCAUCAAGCGCGAGUACUCGACCUACAUCGUCCUCCGCCAAGACUUCCUCAUGUCCAAGGACCACACGCGCCUCGCCCAGUCCAAGACGGUCCUCGUCACGGGCGUCCCCAAGGAGUUCCUCAACCAGAGCAGCAUGUCGAGGUUCUGCAGCGUCCUCCCCGGCGGCUCGAAGCGCAUCUGGUUCGCCCGCGACCUCAAGGAGCUCCCCGACCUGUACGACCGCCGCGAGAAGGCGUGCAAGAAGCUCGAGAGCGCCGAGACCAAGCUCCUCAAGCUCGCGACCAAGCAGAUCGCCAAGAACAAGAAGAAGAACCUGUCGUCGCCAGAGCUCGACGCCGAGGCGAGCAAGGGCGAGAUUACGCGUUACGUCCCCAAGAAGAAGCGCCCGACGCACAAGCUCGGCCUGCUCGGCCUGUUCGGCAAGAAGGUCGACACGAUCGACUGGGCGCGCGAGGAGAUUGCGACGACCACCAAGGAGCUCGACGCCGAGCGCGAGAUCCUCCUCGGCAGCAACGGCUCGGCCAAGUACCCGCCCGAGUCGUCCGCCUUCAUCCAGUUCCACACGCAGAUGGCGGCCCACAUGUUCGCCCAGUGCCUCAACCACCACGCGCCGCUCCGCAUGUCGGCUCGCUACCUCGAGGUCGCGCAGGACGACGUCAUCUGGGGCAACCUCAACAUCAACCCGUACCAGCAGCGUGCGCGUUACGCCAUCUCGUGGGCCAUGACGAUCGGCCUCAUCAUCUUGUGGUCGUUCCCGGUGGCUUUCGUCGGCCUCAUCUCGAACGUGAGCGCGCUGUGUCAGCAGGCCUCGUGGCUCGCGUGGCUCUGCACCCUACCGGUCCCGAUCAACGGCAUCAUCCAGGGCUCGCUCCCGCCCAUCGCGCUCGCCGUGCUCUUCAUCCUCCUGCCGAUCGUCCUGCGCCUGUUUGCGCGCUUCGAGGGCAUCCCUCUGCGCACCGGCAUCGAGCUGUCGCUCAUGACGCGGUACUUCCUGUUCCAGGUCAUCCACGGUUUCCUCAUCGUCACGCUCGCGUCUGGCCUCGUCAACGCCAUCCCCGACAUCGUCAACAACCCGUCGAGCGCCGUCACCCUCCUGGCGACCCAGCUCCCCGCCGCCUCGACCUUCUUCCUCACGUACUUCGUCACGACCUCGUUCGCCGGCGCCGCCGGUUCGCUCCUCCAGAUCGCCAAGCUCGUCGUCUACUACGUCAAGCUCGUCCUCCUCGGCUCGACGCCUCGGUCCGUGUUCAACAUCAAGUACUCGAUGGCGACCGUCGCCUGGGGCACGCUCUGGCCCUCGAUGACCCUCCUCACCGUCAUCGGCCUCACGUACUCGGUCAUCGCGCCGCUCGUGUGCGGCUUUGCGUUCGUCGCGUUCGCGCUCUUCUGGUUCGUGUACAAGUACCUGUUCCUCCUCGUCAUCGACACGCCGCCAGCGACCGAGACGGGCGGCCGCUUCUACCCCAAGGCGAUCACGCACAUCUUUGUCGGGCUCUACAUCGAGGAGCUGUGCCUGUGCGGCCUGUUCUUCCUCGCGCAGAACGAGAACGGCAAGCAGUCGGCCAUUCCCGAGGGCGCCAUCAUGGUCGUCCUGAUCGUCAUCACGGCGCUGUACCACAUCAUCCUCAUCAAGGGCUACCACCCGCUCGUCGACUACCUCCCGCUCUCGGUCGCGCCCAAGGUCGCCGAGCAGCAGGGCCUCACCAACGGGUACCCGGCCAACAACGCGACCGGCCUCGAGAACGGCGAGGCGCCCGCUCUCGGCACGACCUCGAGGACGACGCCUCGCGAGAAGGAGCAGUCGACGUUCCCGCCCCCUGCGCGCUCGUCGUUCGAGGACCACCGCAAGCCCCUGCGCGAGGUCGAGUCGAACCGCACCGACCAGGACAACAACACGCUCCCCGGCGACGAGCACCUCGACGUCAACGCGUUCGACCACCCGGCCAUCUACAAGGACUACCCGACCGUGUGGAUCCCCAAGGACCCGGCGGGCCUGUACCGCGACGAGCUCGAGGGCUCGCAGGCGGCCGGCGUCGACAUUUCGGCCGAGGGCGCGCACAUGGACGAGAAGGCCAAGGUCGACAUUGACCGCUCGCCGCCCGACGAGGAGUGGGACGACUCGCAGGAUAUCUGAGCGCCGCUCGCCGUCCUUGCUACCUGCCUCGCUUCGAAGCCUUCCCCUCGUCUUGCUCUCUCUCCCCUCGUCCCCAUUUCCCUCGUCCACAUCUCUACUAUACCAACUGCGCCUUUGGUUGUAGUCACUGCGUCGUCGCUGCUGAAUCUUAGCCGUUAAUCGUCUCGAGCCUU